AAAAAAAAUAAAAAAACUGUCUCCAACCCUGGUUAUCCCUGCCACUGGAUUAUAUAAAUCUGAUAGUUUUAGCUGCUUCAUCUUUCCAUCUCACUGACUCCUACUGACUUCUCUAGAACACAGUCUUAAAUUCAGCAAUUGCUGUAUUUAAGUAGCACAGAGAACCAAAAUGUCAGCAAAUAAAUAAGGCUCCUCCAAGUAAUUGCUCAAGACCUUCUGAAUUGUAAAAUGUAUUACACCAGAGUUAAGAUCUGAAAGAAGGGGAUGUAUAGUAAACACUAUAAAUAAACACAUCUUCAGCACAGGUAUGCCUCCCUUUCUAGAAAAUUCAACAAAAACAGAAAAACAACUUGACAGAAGAAAAAGAGGACAAGCUAGUCCUUUUAUCUCAUCUUGAAGGCUGGAAAAGCUGUGUGGGAGAAACAAAACCAUUUGUAGCAUAUCCUGUUAUUAUUUAUAGCAUCUUUUCUGAAGCACUGAAACUGAGCAGUGACAGACUUUAUACGAAUUUUCUCAGAAUUAACUGGAUAGGGAAUCUAGAAGAGACAGUAGCCAUGUCAUGCUAGUAUUUAAACAAUAAGGACUUUGUACUUUGCCUGGAAUUCAUGUAAAAUCUGCAUAGCUGUUCCCAUUUGAUGGCUGUUCCAGUUUAGUGGCUGUUGCUGGCAGGGAUCCCAGUGUGUCCAUGCUGGAGAGAGGGGGAAGGGAGAACAAGAGGAACUGGAGUGAGCUCCUGCCUGCUUUCACCUACGCACCUUAUAGCAAAUCAGGACUGCUGAGUACAUUCAGGAGCAAGAGGGAUUUCGCAACAAGAAUAACUGAGAAGAGGCAUUUAUAUGACCAAUUAUGUACCUGUUUCAUAAAAUGGAAAACUAUGAAGUUUACCAGGGAAAACAAUGGAGCUACCUAAAUAUUUGGCUAAUUUUAUGCCUGUUUCCAAGAACCUGUGUAUCAAAGCCUUCAAAACCUAACUUUUUACUGAUACUAGCUGAUGAUCUUGGUAUUGGAGAUGUGGGUUGCUAUGGCAAUGAUACAGUAAGGACCCCUAACAUUGAUGGCCUGGCAAAGGAUGGAGUGAGACUUACUCAGCACAUUGCUGCAGCAGCUGUCUGCACUCCAAGCAGAGCCGCAUUCCUGACUGGCAGAUACCCCAUCAGAUCAGGCAUGGCAUCCAGCACUCAGAGGCAGGUUCUUUUCUGGAAUGGUGUUUCAGGAGGGCUCCCACCAAAUGAAACUACUUUUGCCAGGAUACUCUACCAGCAAGGCUAUUCUACAGCACUUGUAGGGAAAUGGCAUAUGGGUGUGAACUGCAAAACCCGCCAUGACCACUGCCACCAUCCUUUAAAUCAUGGUUUUGAUUAUUUUUAUGGCAUGCCUUUUACCCUUGUGAACGAGUGUCAAGGCACAGAUGACCCUGAAUUGGCCAAGUCUUUGCAAGAAACAUAUUGGUUUCAUACUCAGAUGAUCAUCCUUGCAGUAUUUACUCUUGUGAUUGGAAAACUUGCCAAUUUAUUCCCUGUAAAAUGGAAAAUAAUAAUAUGUCUGGCCAUCUGUGGUCUCCUUCAUUUCAUCUCCUGGUUCUCCAGCUAUGGUUUUACCAAGUAUUGGAACUGUAUCCUGAUGAGAAACCAUGAUAUCACUGAACAACCGAUGAACCUACAAAAAACUACCUCUAAUAUGCUGAAGGAGGCAAUUACAUUCAUUGAAAGAAACAAGCACAGACCAUUUCUUCUCUUUGUUUCCCUUUUACAUGUUCACACCCCUCUCAUUACCACUGAGAAAUUUCAGGGAAGAAGCAGUCAUGGCCUGUAUGGAGAUAAUGUGGAGGAGAUGGACUGGAUGGUGGGCAGGCUUCUGGAUGUUAUUGACAAAGAGGACUUGAAGAAUACCACAUUCGUUUAUUUUGCAUCUGAUCAUGGAGGAUUCUUAGAGGCUCACAGAGGAAAUUCUCAGUUGGGUGGAUGGAAUGGGAUAUAUAAAGGUGGAAAAGGAAUGGGAGGAUGGGAAGGAGGAAUCCGUGUUCCAGGCAUAGUUAGAUGGCCAGGAGUGUUGCCUGCAGGCAGAGUUAUUGAUGAACCUACAAGCCUUAUGGACAUUUAUCCUACAUUGGUUCAACUGGCUGGAGGGGCAGUGCCUCAGGACAGGGUCAUGGAUGGGCACACCUUGCUGCCCCUGCUGCUGGGGACAGAGCAGCACUCCAGGCACGAGUUCCUGUUCCACUACUGCGGUGUGUUUCUGCAUGCAGUGCGCUGGCACCAGAAGGACAGUGGCACUGUAUGGAAAGCUCAUUAUGCUACUCCGGUAUUUCAGCCAGAAGCUUCUGGGGCCUGCUUCAGAAGAGGAAUUUGUCCAUGUUUCGGGGAUGGUGUAACCCAUCAUGACCCUCCACUGCUGUUCAAUCUCUCACAAGAUCCAUCUGAGGCAAAUCCUCUGUCAGCAGACACUGAGCCCUUGUUUGACACUGUAACAAGGAGAAUAAGGAGAGCUGUGGAAGAGCAUCGCAAGACACUGACUCCAGUCCCACAGCAGCUGUCUCCUUACAAUAAUAGAUGGAAGCCAUGGCUGCAGCCAUGCUGUGGGACAUUCCCAUUCUGUUGGUGCCAUGAAGAAAAUAACAAAGAAUAGUCUAAUACCAAAGUCAAAGUACAGUUAGCUUUAAAGAAAUUCAUAAUUUUUCACGUUCACGGGACUACAGUCAUAAAGAGAUUAGAGAUAAAGAUUAAAUUAUAAUAGAAUAACUAAAAAGGACAUUAUUAGUCCCUUAAUUAGUGUUCAAUUAAAUUAAUUAAAUUUAAAAUCCCUUCUAGCGAUUGUUUUUGUUCAACCUUUUCUCUCACCCACAGAAAUUAAGUAAGCCUGUGGUUUUAAAAAAAUUAGGGAUCAUCUGUAUAAUCUAUCCCUGAAGUGAAUAAUUUAGGAUUAAAUACCAAAUAAAUGAAACAAAAUUUAUUUUCUUACUGACUUACAAUUCAAGCAAAUGAUGACUGAUAAAAAAGCAAAUUUUUACUAGCAGAUGUUUGUAUAGAAAAUAUGCUUGUUGAGAGAACAGGACUGAGCCCAAGAGGGUAGGCUUAUCCAGGCCUUAUCUAUUAAAUGAAAAAACCUGUUGCACAAAAAUGAAAGGAUGAUCACAAUGAAAAAAAUAAUGAAAAAUAAAAUUGCACAUUUAAUUUGGAAAUAAACCAAUAUGCAUCAGAAAUAAACACCUACUAAUUUACAGCAA